AUGAAGACCUCUGUCAUCCUAGCUCUGUUCGCUGCCGCCCUUGGAGUCCUCGCCGAUGUUCCUCCAGCUUGUCUGCUCAAUGCCGUCAACACACAAGACAACCCCAGCGAUCUGUCAGCCAUUUGUGGCAAGGAGGCCACCGAUGUCCAGAAGGCAAUUGCCAGCAUAUGUGGUUCAAACCAGUCCGUAGCGCAGUCUGCUUUCAUUGCCACUUGCUCUGGUGCCGGUUCUUCCGUCGCUCCUUACACUGCAACCUCGACAUCUUCAAAGGGCCCGACCACUGGAGCCUCUUCCACCGGCGGAUCCUACGUCUACACGACCGCUGUCUACAACUCCGACUGCCAGUGCACAACUACGAUCGUCACGUCUGCCACCGGUGGUGCAGUCGCUUCCGUGACAGGUUCUGCGUCUGCUACAAGCUCGGCUGCGACGACCUCAUCAACCGGCAAUGCAGCGGCAGAUGUUAAACAAGUCGGCAGCUUUGCUGCUGCUGCCAUCGCAAUGGCGGCCGUGGUCGCCGUUUUGUAG